AUGACCGAAACUGAAAGGAUAGACAACAUGGAUAACACAUCAUAUGUCUUACAGCUGAAAGGCUAUGAUCUCCCUCAGGAAGGCGUCUUCCCUGCAUUCCUUUUUGCAACCCUGAACUACAUGAUCAUCCUCUUCUGUAACCUUACUAUUAUCUUCACCAUUGUGCUGAACAAAUCUUUGCACCAGCCAAUGCAUCUGUUCUUGGUGAAUCUUCCCAUCAAUGACCUGAUAGGUUCUUCAGCUCUCUUUCCACACCUCAUUAAGGAGAUACUGACAAACAGCAGAAGGAUUCAGUUCUCAGCUUGCAUUAUCCAAGCUUUUUUUAUCCAUAUCUAUGCAGCCGGUUCAGUGUUCAUCCUGACUGCAAUGGCCUAUGACAGAUACAUCGCCAUUUGUUACCCUUUGCGUUACAACACUGUAAUGACUAAUGCUCACAUUAUGAAAAUAAUCAUAUUAGUUUGGUCUUCUUGUGUGGUUUUAAUAGCUGUGCUCUUCAUUCUUCUUUUGCGUUUGUACCGCUGUAGAUCUGAAAUAACGCACUCCUACUGUGACAAUCCAAGUUUGUUAACUUUGGUAUGUGAAGAUACAACCAUUAAUAACAUUUAUGGUCUUUUUAUAAGCGCUUUUACACAAGUGAUAGCUAAUGGCCUGGUUUUUUAUACAUAUCUUCGCAUCCUUAUUGCGUGCUUUAGAUCCAGACAGUCAGACACCAAAGCGAAAGCUCUGCAGACAUGUGCCACACAUCUUUUUGUUUUCCUGCUGUUUGAGUGCUUGGGCCUCUUUACAAUCAUAUCUUACAGACUGCAGAAUAUUUCACCACAUUUAAGAAGAUUUAUGGGAGUGUCGACAUUAAUCUUCCCCCCAACAUUAAAUCCAAUAAUUUAUGGACUGAAAACAAAAGAAAUUCAUGAAAAAGUGCUUAACUUUUUCAAGAAUAAACUGAUUCUUUCUGAAUAG